AAUUUACGGAGAAGGGGAAGUUUGGCAAAAAUAAAUAACACUAAAGUUUAUCUUUUAAUUGUUUGAUAUUGAAAGAGAUGGAAACAAACAAUUCCACAGGAGAAAUUUUGACGUUGGAAUGAGUAAUAUAUUCUCUACAAUAUAAUUUAUUGCAAAUUCGGACAAAACUUGGUAGAUAAGGAGGAACCAAGAAACAAUAAAUAAUACAUAAUUGAAUUGAAGCUACAAUUAGUCUGUUACUUGCUUGCUACCAUAAAAAAUGGAUGCCAUUAACUAUAUCUACAAUCGAAAAUUAUGGAAGGCAAGUUGUACUCUGUCGGACAAAAAUUCUUUUUUUCAUGCUGCCUUUGGUGUAGUGACUAACGAGAGUGGUCCAUAUUUAGACAAAAGGGUAAAAUUCAGACGCAUGCGCUGGGCAACAUUUUUAACAUAUUUUGAAGAUGAAACCAUGCCACCCUGCCUGGCAGAUAUUUUGAAAAAAUGCUUAUCUACAAGUGAUAAAUACAAACAUGUCAAGGACCAAUGUCAGGUUGACAAUUAUGUAAGUGAUAUUAUGAAGGCAGUGCAUGACGUUGCACCAGAAGAAAUUCCUAUUUUAGCGACGCUGGAGAAUAUAAAAAUUGUCCUCUUCAAAGAAGGAGAGUCGGAACCAGUAAUAAUUAUAAACCCCGACUUUGAAAUUCUUGGGAGUUAUCCUAAUUCGGAAAAACCCAAAAGAGAGGCAGUUUUGCAACUAAAAGGAAAUGUUUUUUCGAAGAUGAAUUCUGUCGAAGAAGAACCUGCCUUAAAAUCGGUCAAAGAUGAAAGUGUAGAUCUCGAAGGUACUAAAAACAGCACAGAGCAUAUUGGCAGUGGUUUGAUUAGAUAUAAAAAAAGUGGUAGUGCCGGUAGCGAAGGAGUCCAGUUCCAAGUUGGUCUCUUAACCAUAUUCUUCCUUAACGCAAUUCAAAAACUGAGAAAUUGGCAACUGUCAACAGAAAAUAAAGCUGCAGGAAAAUUUGAUGAUGUGGUUCUGGAAUGGCCCGAGGGAGCUACGUUACUGCAAGCCAAACACAAGCAAAAUAAAUCAAAGAAAAUCACUUUCGAAGAACUGAUCUCCACUAACUCAAAAAAUGACGAUUUCAGCCUUCCAAAGUAUUUUUUGUCUUACAAAGAGAUUAAGAAGACAUUUAAAUUAAAAGAAGUUAUUAUUUGCACAAAUGCGACUGUCGACGGAAAUACUAUAAAGUUCUUAAAGGCACAAAAAGUUUCUCCAGAAAGCAUGUUACAUUAUGAAAACAGUGACUGCAAAUUAUAUACAUUCAGUGACGAAAUUUUGCCUUAUUUAAAAGAAAAUAUAAAGAUUUACUAUAAAAAGAAUUUCCAAAAUAAAGAUAUUGAAGGAUUAGAUAUUACAAAUGAGAACAUUAAAGAUUUUUUGGGACAUUUACAAUUCUAUUCCAAUUAUCCACCAGGAAAUAAUGUUGGAAAAAUUAUGGAACAGCUGUUAUCUCACAUGAACCUUUUGAAAAAUUCAUAUGAUGCAAUAUCACCUUUAGAAAUAUACACCAAAAUAUUAGAUUGGUUCCAACAGAAAGAUGGUAUAUAUUUAACCGAUCUUUAUGCUACAGCUAUAUUCUCUGAAAUAUGGAGAGACAAACAUUGGCAAAGAUUGGAAAAAUAUAAUGUAUUCUUUCACUGCAACAACUUAAAUUUGCAAAACUCCAGAAGAAUGUUGCAUGUAAUUGCUGAUGGUAUGUGUUUGUUGCAAGAAAUAAAAAUUUUUCGCACGUUGCAAAAUAAUAAAACGAAAAUUCUAUUAAUCAGUCCUGAUGAUGGCACUGAAAAUCAGAAGCAGGUCAUAGAUGCAUUCAGCCUGCCCCAAUACACUACUUUAGUAAUCAUUUCACCCAAAUUUACAGAAGAAUCUGUAAUAAAGGAAGUUAGCUGUAAACUGAAAAAGAUUUUAGAUAAAUAUGAAUAUAAAAAUGUUGUGCUGAUAGCAAAUUGUAAUAAUAAAGCGUCUCACCUUAUUGGAUUACAUAACAAUCACUACGAUGUCAAAAAUGAAUCUAUAACAUUUGAAGAUCUGUCAGUGGGUACUCAGGCGAGUUUAUUGAAAAAAGAAAAUAUAAUAUUUCAAGGCAGGGGCAUCAGUUUGGAAGAGAUAUUGGCAACACCAGCAAUUGAAGAUUAUAGUAAAUUCUUAAAUUAUGAAAUAUUAGAAAAGCUGGUUAGAGAUGAAAAGAUUUAUGUAGGGGCACCACUUUUAGAGCUGGAUGAGCAUAUUAGCCAAUUUUACAUAAAACGCAGGUUUAAGAGAGGAAUCAAGAAAAACAAAUAUGAAAAGACAAAAUUUGCAAUGGGAGAAGUAUUCCCCGAGGAACUGAUUUGUGAGAUGAAUGAAAAAAUACUGUUAAUAUCAGAUAGUGCUGGCACGGGAAAGAGCACCGUUUUGACUAAUUUAUCAGUCACAAUAAAGAAAAAAUAUCCUCAUCUAUGGAUUAUCCGAAUCGAUCUUAAAGAUUACACACAUAUAUUAAAGGAUUUUUUGCGGAAAAAUAGAAAAACAAUAAAUAUACUGGAUCUAUUAAAUUCUAAAUAUUUGACUAAAUUUACAAAUCAGUUAGAAGAGGCAGUAUUUUCAAUGAAAGGAAAAGUAGUGCUAUUGCUCGAUGGGUUUGAUGAAAUCAGCCCAGAUUACACUCAACUAGUUUUAAGCUUACUUUCUCUAUGCCGGGAACAACAAAACUUUGUCAAAAUGUUCGUUACAACCAGGCCACAUGCGGCUUUAGAGUUGGAAGAAAAGUUGCAAGUAGAACCAUUUAUACUGCAACCUUUUACAGAACAGAAUCAAAUCGACUUUCUCACUGGCUAUUGGAUGCAUAAUUUAAAUGUUGGCAAUAUUUAUAGAAAUAAAUGUGAAGAAUAUGCUAAGGCACUGAUAAAGAUGUCUUGCUGGGUUCAAUUGAUACAACAAGGGGCAAAUCAUUUUGCUGCAAUACCACUACAUGUUCAGAUGCUUGCAGAGAUUUUUCAAGAAAACAAUCAACUUGAAAUAUCAGAAGACUGGGAAGGCUGUAAAGAAUAUUUAGUUGCAGAUGAAGUUGAACCAAAGUUGCCUGAAAGCAUGAAUGUUACAAUACUGUACAAAAUGUUUAUAAAAAAAAAACGAAAUGUGUUUGUCGAUAAAGGUAAUCCAAGUGGCAACACGGCAGCAAAUCGAGCUCUAAUUGAUCAGUUUGAAGAAUGCUUUGUUUUCCACAGAAGUUUGGCUUUAGAACUGAUUCUGGGUACAACAAGAUGUGAACUUUUCUUAUGUUAUCGUCAAACUCCCAUAGAUUUAGAAAUGAAUGUUUUAAAAAUAGGCAUUAUACAAAAACUGGAUAAUGAAUUCCACUUUGUACACCGAACGUUUGCAGAAUACUUUGUUGCCGAAAGUCUAAUAGAAGAAUUGCAACUUCCAAAUCAAAAUGUAGAGUUCCAGAGGUUUUUGAUUGAAGAAAUAUUGUUGGAUCUUCAGUUUAACGUUAUUCGUGUUUUCUUCAACAAUUUUCUGCAGCAGAUCGUAGAUGAUUUGUCUUGCAAAACUUUCCAUAAAUAUCAAUCUAUCUCUUAUGAAAUUACUUCCUCUGAUAUACAUAAAUUCAACUUACUUCAUUACCUUGCAGAAAAUGGUCAGUUAGCAAUUCUGCAACUUAUUUUGAAAUGUAUCGAAUUGAAUUUUAUUACAAAAGUACCAAUCACCUCCGAACAAUUGUUUGAUGCUUUUUUAGAAGAAAAUGAUUCAGAACGAGUACAUGGUAAUAUAUUAAAUACCAUACAUACCUGCGUACAACAGGAGGGAUUAGAUGUUAAGGAUAUAUUUCAAGACAAAACGCUUCUUGAAUAUGCUGCAGUAAAUGGCCAUUUAGAAAUGGUUAAAUUUCUUGUUAAACAAGGAAGCAAUGUAAACAUUGGUAACUUUAAACCUCUCCAUCUAGCUGUGGAUGGUGGCCACUUCGAAGUGUCACAGUUUUUGAUAGAGCAAGAAGCAGACAUUAAAGCACUAGAUCCGUACCAUCAUACUACUAUAUUGUAUAAAGCUGUCUUACGAAAUGAUAUUACUAUGGCCACAUACCUUUUGGAUAGAAUGUUGAAGAGUGGUGGUUCAAAUAUAAGCGAUUCUAUUACUCCAUACACGGCUGCUUAUUUGGGUAGGUUAAAUACUCUUAAAGAAUUUGUGAAACAAGGCCUGGACAUUAAUAGCAGAGUGGAAAAUGAAGAAUCUGUUAUUUUUGGUGCCAUUCGAGGGGGACAACUAGAAACUAUCAGGUACCUAGUGCAACAAGGAUCCCACAUCAACAGUAGGGACCUGUGGAAUAACACGGCCCUUCAUAUAAUCUCACAAAAUGCAUCAAUUACCUCCACAGUUAAAUUGUUAGUGGAGUUAGGGAUAGACAUUAAUGCUAAAAAUUUCAAUCUUAUGACGGCACUUCACAUUGCAGUAGAAAACGGUAAUUUUGACUUAAUUGAUCUACUAGUGAAUUGUGGAGCCAAUGUAAAUUUAGAGGAUGAAAAUGGUAAUACUGCUCUUCACAUAGCUGCUUCAGAUAUUCAAGGAUACAUCAUAAAACUCCUUGUGGAACACGGUGCAAAUAUGAAUAAUGGGGAUAAAUAUGGUCGCACACCCUUACAUUUAGUUACUUUGAAUAGCGCCACUCUCUUUAAAAACUCCAAUGAACAAUCUCUUAAAUAUUAUGAAAAUUCAAUAGCCCCUAUGGAUCAUUUGGAUAUUAUCAAGUUACUUAUAGAACAUGGCGUAGAUGUUAAUGUUAGAGACUCUAAUGGUUCCUGUGCUCUUCAUUUAGCUGCUUCAUCCGGUCGAUUGGAUAUUGCCCAUUUGCUUAUGGAAUUCGGAGCUGAUGCUAAUAUUAAAGACAAUGAUGGCAGAACAGCUCUACAUUUAGCAGCUUUUAGGGAUCACACAGACAUUAUCGAGCUUCUCAUGCAACAUAAUGGAGAUAUUAAUAUUCAGGAUAAUGAGGGAUACACGAUAAUACAUUAUUUAUUAUUCUUUGUAGAUCAGUUAGACAUUCUCAAAUUGAUUAUAGAGAAAGGCGGAAAUGUUAAUAUUAGAGACAAAAAUGGCUGUACAGCUCUACAUUUAACCACUACAUGGGGCAACUUGGAUGCCGUUAUCCUCCUUGUGGAAUUUGGAAUCGAUGUUAAUGUUACAGACAUCGAGGGCAGCACUGCACUACAUGUAGCUGUAAACAAAGGUCACUUUAGUCUCAUUGAAUACUUGGUAAAAAUAGGUGUGGAUGUUACAGUUAGAGAUAACUGUGGCCAUACAGUAUUGCAUUUAGCCAUUGAAGCAUGUAGUUCGGAUGUUAUAUCACCUUUUAUGAGACUUCCCCAUCAUUAUAAUGAUAUAGAUGUUAAUGAUUGUACAAUGCAAUAUCUCACUUUUAAUGCAGUAGAUAUUGGUGCUAUAAAUUUCGAUGAUUGCUUGGACUCGACAAAUAUGGAACCCAGAGGAAAGAAGCUCUAUUUAGACAUUAUCAAGAUUGUUGUCACAAAAUGUGGUGAGGUUGUUGAUAUUAAAGAUGAAACUGGAUGUACAGCUUUGCAUCUAGCUGUCUUAAAAGGUCAAAUGGAAGUUGUUAAGUUGCUUGUUGAACAUAAUACAGAUGUUAAUAUUAAGGACCAUCGCUGCUGCACUGCUCUCCACCUAGCUGUUAGGGACGAUAGGCUAGACAUUGUCAAAUUACUUGUGGAACAUGGCGCUGUUGUUAAUAAUCAGGACAUUGAUAAUAACACAGCACUGCAUAUAGCGACUCGUGAGGGUCACAAGGAAAUUGUCAAGUUUCUUGUAGAAUGUAAUGCAAUUGUUGACAUUAAAGAUCGUGAUGGACGUACAUCAUUGCAUAAAGCUGUUGAAGGAAGUAACCUGGAUAUUGUACGUUUCCUUAUAGAAAAUGGGUCAGAUGUGAACGUUGCAGAUAAUAAAAGUGUCACUGCAUUACAUAUAGCAGCUGGCUGGAAUUUGCAUCUUGUAAUGUUCCUAGUUGAGCAAGGUGCUGACAUUUAUGUAGAGGAUUGCACUGGAGACACACCUGCAAUAGUGGCUAAGAGGAAAGGCCGCAUAGACAUAUUCAAGUACUUGCAGCAAGAACAGAGUUUGAGGAACAGAUUAUUCUAUUGAGUUAAAUUAAUAGCUUUG